UCAGUAUUUUCCGUAUUUUUCCUUAUCUCCAUCGCCGUUCUUCUAGAUUUAAGGAAAAUACUCCUUUUAUUUAGCUACAAGUCCAUCAUUAUAUACCUCUUUCGCUGCUAAACCGGCGCACCUGUUCCCGUGCUAGCUACAGCUUAUUGUUAGCGUUAGCUAACAGCAUGGUCGACUGUUAUUAAACGGAUUUUAAACGGAUGGAGGGUUUUGUUUGUGCUACGAAUGGUUUUGCGAUUGCGGUGUUUGUUUUUAUGUGUGGUGUGAAGCAUGCAUUUAACAACAAACCACAUACUUCUAGCUUCUACCGCUAGCUUUGUCGCACACCAACCCGUCAGGUUUUUUUCUUUUACAUGCUCUUAGCUAACAUUUAUAUUUCUAAAACGUGAGCCACAGACUGCCGAUUUCUAACAUUAAAUCGGGCUGUAAGUUAAGAUUAAUCCAAUGCCAAGAGGCCAAAACAUUUGUUGAGUUUGUUUAAUCAUAUCUCUGGUUCUGUCUUCGUUUCUUAGUGUUUGAAUGGAUAUAACCAGGUGUACGGAGAAAUGGGUAAAACAAGACAAGGAGAGGCCUCCAACAUCUUCCAUAAUGCUGUCUAGCAAGAAAUCAGAUGCUGGCUCAUCUUCCUCAUCCUCAUCCUCUGUUGGAGCAGCAGUAGGUGAAAGGGCUCUGGUUUCUGAUGCUCAGACCGGUCCGUUAGCUUCAGCAUCAGGGGCUGUAGAUGCAAAGAAGAAGGACAGGUCAUCCCCUAGCGGGGAACCUGGUGGAGCUCCUUUUCCCCACCAGUCAGGUCCUGGGGGGGUGGACCCGGACUCAGCUGAAGUCCGUAGAACGAGUCGGCGCAAGCGGCAAAAGGUGGAGUACCGCGAGAUGGACGAAAGCCUGGCCAAUCUAUCGGAGGAUGAAUACUACUCGGAGGAGGAAAGGAAUGCCAAGGCGGAGAAGGAAAGGAAGCAGGUCCUCCCUCCUCCUCCUCCUCCGCCACCUGAAGAAGAAAAUGACAGUGAACCCGAAGAGCCUUCGGGUCUGGAAGGAGCUGCUUUCCAGAGCCGCCUUCCUCACGACAGGAUGACGUCUCAGGAGGCUGCUUGCUUCCCUGACAUCAUCAGUGGUCCCCAGCAGACUCAAAAGGUCUUCCUGUACAUCAGGAACCGUACGAUCCAACUGUGGCUGGAUAACCCUAAAAUUCAGCUAACCUUUGAGGCUACAGCACAACAGCUUGAAGCUCCGUACAACAGUGACGCUGUGCUGGUUCACAGGAUACACAGCUACUUAGAACGACACGGCCUCAUUAACUUUGGUGUUUACAAAAGAGUCAAGCCUCUACCCACUAAGAAAACUGGGAAGGUGAUAGUGAUCGGUGGAGGCGUGUCUGGUCUGGGUGCAGCCAGGCAGCUGCAGAGCUUUGGGAUGGAUGUUACAGUCCUGGAAGCCAGGGACCGAGUGGGAGGCAGAGUGGCCACGUUUAGGAAAGGAAAUUAUGUGGCAGAUCUGGGAGCUAUGGUCGUGACGGGUCUGGGAGGGAAUCCCAUGGCCGUGGUCAGUAAGCAGGUCAACAUGGAGCUGGCUAAGAUUAAACAGAAGUGUCCGCUGUACGAAGCUAACGGCCAGGCUGGUGAACGGUGCACUAGUGUCCCGAAAGAGAAAGAUGAGAUGGUGGAGCAGGAGUUCAACCGUCUGCUGGAAGCCACGUCUUACCUCAGCCACCAGCUGGACUUCAACUUCCUCAACAACAAACCCGUCUCUCUGGGCCAGGCCCUGGAGGUGGUCAUUCAGCUGCAGGAGAAGCACGUCAAAGACGAGCAGAUCGAACACUGGAAGAAGAUCGUGAAGACUCAGGAAGAACUCAAGGAUCAUCUCAACAAGCUGGUGUCCACCAGGGAGCGCGUUAAAGAGCUCCAUCAGCAGUAUAAAGAGGCCAGUGAGGUGAAGCCACCAAGAGACAUCACAGCUGAGUUCCUGGUGAAGAGCAAGCACCGCGACCUCACUGCGCUCUGCAAGGAGUUUGAUGAGUUGGCAGAGAUGCAGGUGAAGCUGGAGGAGAAGCUGCAGGAGCUGGAGGCCAACCCACCCAGCGAUGUCUACCUCUCAUCCCGGGAUCGACAGAUUCUCGACUGGCACUUUGCCAACUUGGAAUUUGCCAACGCUACACCCCUCUCCACUCUGUCUCUGAAGCACUGGGAUCAGGAUGACGACUUUGAGUUUACCGGCAGCCACCUGACUGUACGGAACGGCUACUCGUGCGUUCCUGUGGCGCUGGCUGAAGGUUUGGACAUCAAACUGAACACGGCGGUGAGACAAGUCCGAUACACGGCAUCCGGCUGCGAGGUGAUAGCUGUCAACACCCGCUCCACCACCCAGACCUUUAUUUAUAAGUGCGACGCCGUGCUCUGCACGCUGCCCCUCGGUGUGCUGAAGCAGCAGCCGCCCGCGGUCCAGUUCGUCCCCCCGCUGCCGGAGUGGAAGACGUCAGCCAUACAGAGGAUGGGCUUUGGGAACCUCAACAAGGUGGUGCUGUGUUUUGACCGUGUGUUCUGGGAUCCAAGCGUGAACCUGUUUGGUCACGUCGGCUCCACCACUGCAAGCCGGGGCGAGCUCUUCCUCUUCUGGAAUCUCUAUAAAGCCCCGAUCCUGCUCGCACUGAUGGCUGGUGAAGCCGCGGGCAUCAUGGAGAACAUCAGCGAUGAUGUCAUUGUUGGACGCUGCCUCGCCAUACUUAAAGGAAUCUUUGGAAGCAGCGCUGUACCCCAGCCAAAGGAAACCGUGGUCUCUCGCUGGCGUGCCGACCCCUGGGCGAGGGGCUCCUACUCCUAUGUCGCAGCAGGUUCUUCUGGAAACGACUACGACCUCAUGGCUCAGCCCAUCACGCCGGGCCCGGCAAUACCUGGAGCGUCACAGCCCGUUCCUCGUCUGUUCUUCGCCGGUGAGCACACCAUCAGAAACUACCCAGCUACGGUCCACGGCGCCCUGCUGAGCGGCCUCCGAGAGGCUGGCCGCAUCGCCGACCAGUUCCUAGGAGCCAUGUACACCCUCCCGAGGCAAGCGACUCCCACGGCCACAAGCAACCCUCCUCAAGCCCCGCCCACUGCUCCUGUCUGAAACGCGGGCAUCACAGAGAACAUCAAUCAGAAACUGGCGCCAUGUGUGAAUGUGGAGGAACUUUAGCCUACUGACUGUUUUCACUGAAGCAUUUUGUUCAGAUUAGAUUAAUUAAUCUGUUUAAAUCUCAUCAAAACUUCAUUAACAUGUUCUUUCUCAGUUUAAGUUAAAAGGCAUGGGAAUGAAACUUUCAGCCAAACAUGAAUGAAUCAGCAUCAAAUGACUCGUUCACUCCACAGAAACUCGUUCUGCCUUUGGAAGGGAGACCGUUCCUUCUGCUACACUAGAGGUCCUCUCGGUUCCCUUAAAGCCGUCGCUGAUCGCCUCUUUAAUGCAACUUCUGCUAGAUAGCGUAGGAUGUAAGUUUGUAAUAAAAGUACAGUUGAAAGAUUUGUUGCAGGUUAAGAUUUUUUUUGUCAUGUUUUGUUAAUUAAAGAAAAAUUCAUUUUUGA